GAUUAUCCGGCGCUGGGGUGCUGCUUAUCUCAAGGAACGAUCGGCACGGAUCGCGAUGGUGUAUGAAGUGCGGCUGAAGCUAAGCGCGGACGACGAGGGGGUCAUGUGGUCGCAUCGCCCACAGGUCGGACCUCUGGGGCUUUUGGGAAGCUUUCGAAAUCUUCCUCUGCGGGCAUUCAAGAAUGCACAUGCAGGGCCAUAUCCGCCGUCGUCAACCUCAUCGAAUGCCACAGGCAACGCUCGGUUUCGAUGCGUGGCGUUCUCUGUCGGUGGCGACAUCUUUGCCGCUGUGGACGAGAAAGGGCGCGUGUUUGCGUUCUUUCCACUGCGCAACCGGUACUCCCUCGUGUGCCACCUUGGCACGCCGGCGCUGGAAUGCGCGUUCUCGCCCCAGCAGCGCACGGAGCUGCUUGUCACAUGCGAAGACAUGACUGUCCGGUGCGUGAACGUGGCGACGAAGGCUCUUGUGAGCACGUUGCGCGGCCACCGGCAGGUCCCCACGUGUGUGUCGUUCCAGCAGCCAGGUCAACUGGCGCUCACGGCGUCCGCGGACGCCGUGAUCAUGUGGGAUUCUGCCAACUGGUCUCGUUUCCGCACGCUCAACGCCGGUCCAGGCGUCGAAGCCGCGCAAUUCGUCGGAAAUGGAGAGCUCGUGGCCGUGUGUUUCCGCGACGACUCGAUCUUGAUGUGGGAGCUCAGCACGCUGGCGCUGCAGUACCGCUUCACGCUGCCAGCAUACGAACAUCCCCCCGGGUUGAAGCGCUUUUGCGUGUCCGACAACUGCCACGUCAUCGUCGCCAGUGGCCAGUCGCCGUUUAUUUACGUGUGGGAGUUCGAGUCUCAGACCCUCGUCCGCAUCAUCGAACUGCCGGCGACUGUUCAUCGCAUUAUACAUCACUCGUUUGUGCCGCAGACGGCGCACAUCAUGGGAGUGCUGGGCGACGACGGCCAGUUGAAUUUCCUCAAUGUCACAUCCAAGCAGCCCAAAGUAUCCCUGCAAAUUGCCCAUAAAGUCAAAGCCCUAACUGCUUUUGCUAUUGACGUGCAUGGCAAGUACCUCGCCGCGUGCUCGAGUGAUGGGUGCUUGGUUCUAUAUGACUUGGACAUGGCGCGAAUCACAGCGCACCAAGUGCAACGCAUUCGACAAGAGGAACAUGCAGAGGAUUUGGCGUACUUGGCCCAUCGAUCGGGGUUGGCAGCAGCUUCACACAAGUCCCCGACCUCGUCGCCGUUGAUGGAAUCACUAUUUGGUGCUCCACCACAAUCACCCCCCCCCUCGUCCAACCCACCCACAUCACAAGAGCAAUCUCCUUCGUCUGGGGAAACCCCCGCUCCGUUAUUACCUCCCCCCCGUGCAAUGCCAAAGCUAAACCCCCAUGAAUACGCGGUACAGCGGCGUCGCCUCCAGCACCUGUUGCGGUCGUACGGUCGGUUUCCUGAAAAGUAUCGGCUUUUAGCGUGGAAGUACAUGCUCCGUCUACCCAACAACACGGCAGCCCUCGAACAACUCAUGGCCAAGGGGUCCCACGCCACCACGGCGCGGCUCCGCGACCUGUAUCCGAUCCAGAACACCCGCCUCUUUCGCCGCCUCGAGCGCGUGCUGUCGGCAUUGGCGCACUGGUGCCCCGUCUACGGCGAAGCCACGUCCAUAGUGCCGGCGCUCGUGUUUCCCUUUGUUAAAGUAUGCGUUAAUAACGACGUGGUGGCGUUCGAAGUCGUGCUCAGCGUGCUGCUCCACUGGGGCCGCGAUUUUGUGCUGCAGUACCCGUACCCCCCGAGACCGCAACUGGCCCGCCUCGACGCGGCGCUGCAGAAACGGGAUGCGCAACUGCAUGCGCAUUUCACGAGCCAUCGCAUCACCCCCGAGGAGUACGGGUGGUCGUUGGUGUCGACGGCAUUCAGCGAAGUGCUGGCGCGAGACGACUGGCUGUGCUUAUGGGACAACUUGAUUGCAUAUUGGGACCAUCCGUCGUUACUAUGGGCCGCCGUACUGGCGUAUCUGACUGAAAAUCGCGCGAAUUUGCUUCAACAGUCGACAGCAUCGGGCAUUCAAGCUGCGUUUCACCAGCAGCAACCGAUGCAAGUCAAGCGCUGGAUAGCCACCAUGCACGCAAUCACCCUACCCGACAUCAUCGACCAGACCCAAGACGACGAAAAGUACUUUCCGCUGCCCCCUGGCCAGUACCCUGCGUUCACGCGGUACCCCACGUUUGUCGUCGACUACCAAAUUCAAGAACGGAAUCGCAUUGCCACGGACGAAGCCGCGUUGGAGUCGAAGCGUCGGCUGCUGAGUGAGAUUGAGGCGCGGACACGGGAGCUCGAGGCCGCGCACACCCAGUGGAUGCAGGACAAGGCGCUUCUGUUGGAGUCGGAGCAGCGGCGGCGGGUGGAGGCCAUGCAGGCAGAGAAGGCGCGGCUCAUGGAGAUGACCAUCUUGCACGCGCAGACAAGGGACCGCCGCCUCCAACAAAUUGCUUUGAUGGAGCAAAACGCCAAGGAAGCGCUGCGGGAAACGUCAAAAGUGCUCCAAGCUGAACACGAUCGAUGGCUGGACGAACUCAACGUGCGCUCGGACAAGGAAAAGUGGCAAAGCCAGCACCAAAUGGACGAAGAAGAGCUGACCCGCUUGGAGAUGGAUGCCCAGCGCCGCGUAGCCGACCUCACCAAGGAUCGAGAGAGGGAAGAGCGGCUGCAGACGAUGCGGCUCGAGUUCUUUGCGCAGUUGAGAGAGCAAGAACUCUGCGAUCAAAUGGUGUUUGACGGGUGGAAAGCUGAAGACAAGCAGGCGAUAGCAGCCGAAGUGGAUCGGCAGGAGAAGAAGGCAGCAAAGCAAGUGCGCCGUGAAGAGGCCAAGUUACGACACGAAUGGCGCACCAAGUUGAACGAACAGCGCAUGCAAAAGCAGCGGCAGAUGCAACUGCUCGCACAAGAUCGGGCGAUGCGGCGGCAGCGACGGCCUCCACAAGAAGACAGCGAUGGAACCGCGUCCGACGAGUCCAAGGAAGACGAGCAACAAGAUGGAACCCCCGCCACCAUCCGUUUGCCGAAUCAACAACGACCCAUGCCACCACCACCGGCAUCGCCCUCGCAACCUACGGCAGACAUGUCGCCAUCUAUGUCUGCAACCACUUUAGUAACGCCAAAACCAUUGGAACCAGUAGUUGUUCAAAGAUCAGACAACGUGGCCAACCCACUUGAUACCAACAAGCUGUCAUCACCUCCAAGUCGGCGGCGGCGGCGUCCAUCUAACCUCGGAAGUAGCCGCGCGUCGUCGCUCAAGUGGAGCGACCACGAGUUGCUGCAGCGAGCAUUGGAUGACAUUAGCAGCGAAGAAGAAGGAGGAGGGGGCGAUGCUCUGUCGACGUCCCCCCGCCACAUCACGCCGCCGCGGUUGAGUCAGUUGGAGCAUGACUUGCGCGCCGAGUUUUCCGACUUGAGCGACGACAGCCUCCAACAACGGCCGUUGUCGGAAUUAGAACGGGAUUUGGACGAGUUAUUGGGUACUUCCGACGACGACGAAGGCGGUGGUGGUGACGUGGCAGCCUCGAGCGGCGCGACGUCCACGGCGGGGGAGUCGCUACUAGGACAAGGGGGGGAGGACCCCCCAGUGGUUGUCCAAGGUAUGACCCCCACCCCCCCACCAAAAUAUGCAAAACAGGCAUCGGACACGACGAGGAAACUGCAGCAGCUGCGCUCCAAGCUGUCUGAUUUGGAAGCUAUGGCGACCAAAGCUAUCCCGGCCGAAGUGGAAGCCAAGUUGGACACAGAGAUGAGUGGUGCAGGGGAUGAUUCCAAACACGAACAUAUCAUGCUCAUGGAACGCGCCAAGGAAUUGUUGGAGCAGCAUGCCGCUGCACGGUUGAACCGGUAGUGGAAAUAGCUAACUGGCUGUCUUGGUUUGAUUAUUCUGCUCACUCAUCAAGGAGCUAACAUAAUAAUAAAGAAUUCGUA